UCGGAGGCGCCGCGCCUGGGGGGGCCCGGGGCCCGCGUGCGGCUGCGCACAGCGCCCGGAGCGGCCCAGGCUCCGCGCAUCCUGCGGCGGCGGCGCCGCGCCCCGGUGAGGAGGAGGCGCACGGGAGGCUGGAGAAGAUGUCGGGCCAAACGCUCACCGACCGGAUCGCCGCCGCCCAGUACAGCGUGACGGGCUCUGCGGUGGCCAGGGCCGUGUGCAAGGCCACCACUCACGAAGUGAUGGGCCCCAAGAAGAAGCACCUGGACUAUUUGAUCCAGGCGACCAAUGAAACCAACGUGAACAUCCCCCAGAUGGCAGACACGCUCUUUGAGCGAGCAACCAACAGCAGCUGGGUGGUUGUGUUCAAAGCCUUGGUGACCACACAUCAUCUCAUGGUGCAUGGGAACGAGAGAUUUAUUCAGUAUUUGGCCUCUAGAAAUACACUAUUUAAUCUCAGCAAUUUUUUGGACAAAAGUGGAUCCCAUGGUUACGAUAUGUCUACCUUCAUAAGGCGCUACAGUAGAUAUCUGAAUGAAAAGGCUUUCUCUUAUAGACAGAUGGCGUUCGAUUUUGCCAGGGUGAAGAAAGGGGCCGACGGCGUCAUGCGAACCAUGGCUCCCGAGAAGCUCCUGAAGAGCAUGCCCAUACUGCAGGGGCAGAUCGACGCGCUGCUGGAGUUCGACGUGCAUCCAAAUGAGCUGACCAACGGCGUCAUCAAUGCUGCAUUUAUGCUUCUCUUCAAAGACCUCAUCAAGCUGUUUGCUUGCUACAACGACGGCGUGAUUAACUUGCUCGAAAAGUUUUUUGAAAUGAAGAAAGGACAAUGUAAAGAUGCCCUAGAAAUUUACAAACGCUUUCUCACGAGGAUGACGCGAGUGUCUGAGUUUCUCAAGGUCGCAGAGCAAGUUGGUAUUGACAAAGGGGACAUCCCUGACCUCACUCAGGCUCCCAGCAGUCUCAUGGAGACCCUUGAACAGCAUCUAAACACGUUAGAAGGAAAGAAACCUGGAAACAAAUCUGGUGCUCCCUCUCCAUUAAGUAAGUCAUCUCCAGUCACCACCGUCACGUCUCCCAACUCCACACCCGCGAAAACCAUCGACACGUCCCCGCCGGUGGAUCUGUUUGCGUCGGCGGCGGCGGCGGCGCCGGUCAGCGCUUCGAAGCCGUCCAGCGACCUCCUGGACCUCCAGCCGGACUUCUCCUCCGGAGGAGCGGCGGCCGCCCCGGCAGCGCCCCCCGCCGGCGGAGCCACAGCCUGGGGAGAUUCCUUGGCCGGGCUCUCCUCUGUCCCCGCCGAAGCUCAGCUCUCGGACCCCUUCGCUCCAGAGCCCGCUCCUUCCGGCACGGCUGCAGACGUAGCCACCGCCUCCGCCGCGGCCGCGACCACCACCACGGUGACGGCCGUCACCGCCGACCUGGAUCUCUUCGGAGAGGUCUUUGCAGCGUCUCCGGGGGAGGCCCCCGCCGCGUCCGAGGGGGCGGCCGCGCCCGCCGCCCCCGCCCCCGUAGCCGCAGCCCUUGAUGCAUGCUCUGGAAAUGACCCCUUCGCCCCGUCCGAGGGCAGCGCGGAGGCUGCGCCCGAGCUCGACCUCUUCGCCAUGAAGCCGCCCGAGACCGGCGCCCCCGCGGUCACCCCCACCGCCGGCGCCGCGCCCCCGGUUCCCGCCACCGCGCCCUCGCCUGCGCCCGCCGCCGCGCCCGCCGCCGCCGCCACGGCCACCGCCGCCCCGGCGCCCGCCGCCCCGGCCGCCCCGGCGCCCGCCGCCGCCGCCGCUCCCGCGCUCGACAUCUUCGGGGAUCUCUUUGAGGCGGCUCCCCCCGAAGUGGCGGCGGCUCCAGCGCCUAAGCCGGAGGCUGCUGCGCCCAGCAUAGACCUGUUCGGGACAGAUGGCUUCUCCUCUCCACCGCACGGGGCCUCUCCGGUGCCUGACAGCGCGCUCACCGCAGACCUCCUCUCGGUGGAUGCGUUCGCGGCACCCUCCCCUGCAGCCAGCGCUUCUCCGGCCAAGGCGGAGCCUUCGGGGGUGAUAGACCUGUUCGGGGACGCUUUUGGAACUAGUGCAGCUGAGCCCCAGCCCGCUCCGCAGGCAGCCUCUAGCUCGUCCGCCUCGGCAGACCUACUCGCUGGAUUUGGGGGUUCUUUCAUGGCCCCGUCUCCAUCCCCAGUGACUCCGGCGCAGAAUAACCUGCUCCAGCCCAAUUUCGAGGCCGCCUUUGGAAGCACACCCUCAACUUCCAGCAGCAGCUCCUUCGACCCAUCAGUAUUCGACGGUCUAGGCGAUCUUCUGAUGCCGACGAUGGCACCAGCCGGGCAGCCCGCCCCCGUCUCUACGGUGCCGCCCGGCCCGGCCAUGGCCGCCGGCAAAGCCCUGGGGAGCGACCUGGAUUCGUCCCUCGCCAGCCUGGUGGGCAAUCUUGGGAUCUCCGGUACCACAACCAAGAAGGGCGACCUCCAGUGGAAUGCCGGGGAGAAGAAGCUGACCGGCGGAGCCAACUGGCAGCCCAAGGUGACACCGGCCACGUGGUCAGCGGGCGUGCCCCCGAGCGGGCCUCUGCAAGGAGCCGUGCCUCCCGCCAGCGCGGUGCCCCCCGGGCCCGGGGCCCCGGCCGUCGGACAGCCGGGAGCGGGAUUCGGGAUGGCCCCGGCGGGCGCCGCCAUGCCCAGGAUGCCCCAGCAGCCCGUCAUGUUCGCGCAGCCCAUGAUCAGGCCGCCCUUCGGAGCCGCCGCGGGCGCCGGCGCGCAGCUUUCUCCAAGCCCUACGCCUGCCGCUCAGAGUCCCAAGAAACCUCCAGCAAAGGACCCGUUAGCGGACCUUAACAUCAAGGAUUUCAUGUAAACGAUGGAAGCUGCGGUUUUUGUGACUGGAUAGGAAACCGAGACGAGCUGGCAAACCCGGGACCCGGUGGCUGCUCCGAGUCUGCGGCGGGCAGCGCCUC